UAUAAUUAAUCCCAACACUACAUCUUUUGGAGUCAACCAAAGCUGUGACAGUCGAGUGUCUGGACGAGCUACGCAGAAGCUCACCAAAGAUUAGGAACCUUUGCCUCACAAUCAAAAGGCUGACGCAAAGAAAUCAAAUUGGAUAUUGGACCGCUACCCGGCACUUUUUAGAAGUGCGUAACUCAGCGUGCUUUGGGUGUAUGAGGAUUAUUCACAAAAUUUCUGCUCGUUCACCACUAAUUCCAUAAUACUUGAGCUCCUUGUGAAUAAAGUGUUUUGAUUCCGAUAUUCCUUUGGUGAAGUCGUGGCAGUCUUGCGCACUAAACUUCGAAUUAAAGUAAUAUGGAUAUCUUGAUAGAGAACGUUGUUUUAGAUAAAGAUACUAAAGCAAGUGUCGAUCCCAGCAAAAACCUUUCUGUAAGUUCGGUAUUACCACGGUGUUCGCACUGUGCAAGUGAUAAGUUUUAUUUAUUUAUCUAUUCAAGUUUGUUUGAACGUAGAGUGAAACAGGUAGGUUUAUUGACUGCCUAUGCAGUUACACUAUUCUUUUUGACUGUCAGGGUUUUUGGUGUGCACAUUAAAAUUCACCACUUAUUGAUCAAAUUAUAAGACUUGUUGCCAGGACUAUCUUUACAAGUUUACUUUAUUUUUUAUUUUAUUUUUGAUUACAGAUUAAUCCUACACUGUAUUUUUGGUACAAGUAUGGAAUUUUCAGCAUGGAUAUCGGUAGCCCAAAUUUUGCAGGCCGACCAUAGAUAUCAGGUGUGCGUCGAUAGGGGAUUGAACCUCGGACCAUGUGCAUGGUCAGCGAGAAUCCUAACCACUGUGCUACCGACGCAGUUAUACAUUUCCUGUAAAAUGACUUAAAUCACCAAUUGUUAUUUGUUCUAUUUUCUGAAAAUAAUUUAUUUAGUGAACAGGGGAUGCAUACUUACAAAACGAAUUAUAAAUCUCAUGCACUUAGUUUCUAAAUUCCUCAAAAAUUCAACUAAUCAGUAAUUAUGGAUACCGAAAUAAUUUUGUCGCCGUAAAGUUGAAUCCGAUGGUAUGAUUUUUCCACAAGCAUUCUGUAUUUAUUCAUAACGCCAGUGUGAUGAAGUCGAUUCUUAAUUGUUACGGGUACUCUGUUUAAUAUUUAUUUUUAUUUUUGGGUUACCACUAGAAAUGAAAGGACUGUGCUUGAAUGGAACUCGUAAACGGUCAAAUUAUUUGUCUUGGGACGAAUAUUUUAUGUCUAUAGCACUUUUGUCUGCUAUGAGGAGUAAGGAUCCUUCAACUCAAGUUGGUGCUUGUAUAGUUAAUACAGAGAAUAAAAUUGUUGGGAUAGGAUAUAAUGGAAUGCCAAAUGGUGUUUCAGAUGAUGAUGUCCCAUGGGGAAAAGAAUCAACUAAUGAACUAGAGAAUAAAUAUUUAUACGUUUGUCAUGCUGAAUUAAAUGCUGUAUUGAAUCGUAAUGAAGCCAAUUCUAAAGGGUGUAUCCUAUUCUCAACAAUGUUCCCGUGUAAUGAAUGCGCCAAAGUGAUUAUACAAGCAGGUAUCAAGGAAGUGGUAUAUUAUUCGGAUAAGAAAGUUGGAACACAAUCUAAUAUAGCUGCUAAAUAUCUUUUUGAAAAGGCUGGUGUUAAAAUAAGACCUUUCACUCCAACUGGUCGAGUUGUCAAUAUUUCUCUUAGCUAACCUAACCAUAUGGAUGGAUGGAUGGAUAUCCAAUCAAGGAGAAAAGCACUGGCACUUGGUCAGUGUAACUGUUUUGUAAUAAACCACAAUGUACUUAUUUAUUGAAAUGUAAAUAAAAUCGUUAUUUUUGUAACAAAUGUUUCAGAAAACA